AUGAGAGCACUUCCUCCAGGAUUCCGAUUCCACGCCACUGACGAGGAGCUUCUGAUUCAUUACUUGAAGCCAAAGAUACUUGGACGACCUGGCAAAUGCUACUACGACAUGAUACCGGAGAUCGACAUAUGCGAAUUCGAACCUUGGCAAUUGCCCGCCUUGUUCUAUCACAGGUUCAACAGUAAGGAGCUCUUUUUCUUUUGUUAUGUGAAGCGCAAGUACUCUAACAGCAAGCACUCUGAUCGGACAACCGAAACCGGUUACUGGAAAGUGACCGGCAAGGAACGCGCCAUCAUGAGUGAGGACACCGAUGAGUCGAUAGGAAUCAGGAAGACACUGGUGUUCUACACAGACCGCGUGCCUAAAGGCAAAAGGACCAACUGGGUCUCACAUGAAUACCAGCUUAAUCUUAACUGUCUGGGCCAUAACGAAGAUGAGGAAAAGUCUGAGUCUCUUGACAAAUUUAAGAUCUAUCGAACUGAAGUUGAGAAACAAUUAGGAAAGGUAAUAAAAGUGGUUAGAUCUGAUCGAGGUGGAGAAUAUUAUGGUAGACAUGGUAAUGUUGGGCAAAUUAAAGGACCAUUUGCUAAAUACUUAGAGGAUUCUGGGAUAGUGGCUCAGUUCACUAUGCCUGGAAGUCCUGAACAGAAUGGUGUGGCUGAAAGGCGUAAUCGUACUCUCAUGGAUAUGACAAUUAUGGAGCCUACUGUGCCACAAACUGAACAUGUUAAUACUGAGAAUCCCAUUGAUGAAACGGCCACAGAUGAAGUUGUUCAAGUUCCUCAGACUCAAAAUGAAGUUACAGUGGCUCCACUUAGAAGGUCUACUAGGGAAAGACGUUCAGCUAUACCACCGGACUAUAUAGUCUAUUUAGGAGAACAUGAUUACGAUAUAGGCUGCAUUAUAGAUCCAAUGGACGUUAAAACUGCUUUUCUAAAUGGAGACUUUGAUGGAGAGGUUUAUAUGGUGCAACCUGAAGGUUUUACAGUAAAUGAUCCAAAUGCAGAUUUUGCUGGUUGUGAGGAUGAUAGGAAGUCGACAACAGGAUAUAUAUUCAUGUCGGCAGGAGGUGCAGUAUCAUGGAAAAGUGAGAAAUAG